AUGUCAGCAAUCACGGGCGCUAUUUUGUCGUACUCCUCUUCGGCGACCGCUCUGAAUCUAGAGCCCAUUGCCUUUAAGGAGGCUGCCCUCGCGCGUCUCAGGAAUGUGGCGGCGCGCCUCUUCCUUGUUCCCAGCGCAGUUGCCGCUCAGUAUAAGCUCGACGAGACAGUGCAGACGGGGUACGCCAUCCUCGCCAAUCCCCCGGUGGAGUUGGCGCUGGGAGCAGCCGGGUUGCUCUUCCUGGCGCUCUGCUUCUCCCGCUGCUGCUGCCGGCGGCGCGAGCCGCCUCACAAGCGGCUCGUGGAGCCCGACGAGGAGGAGGCGGGGGGCGGCAAGCCGAGUCCGCGGCGGCCGAAGCGCCGCUCAGAUGCCAUGCCGUUCUUGCACGCAAACCGGUCCGCAGCGGAGCUGAAGCUGGCGGAGCAGGUGGCGGAGCUGGAGCGGCACCUCGCCGUGAGCAAGGCCACAAGGCCGGAAGUAGCAUCACUCGUUCAGAUGGCGCGGGCCGCGAGCGAGUACGGCUUUACCGUUUACGGUAGACAAGUGUUACCAUCAACAGAGGAGAAGGAUAUGACCUCAGGGCUGAUGUGA